ACGAUUUCAAAUAUAGACGAGGAGCUUCCUUACAAAGAUAGACAUUCCAUAUUAAAAUUUACUGUGUCAAUAAAAAUACUUAUUGAAUACGGACAAAACAUCCAAAAUCUGAAUGCCGUUGAGAUGGAUAAUACUUAUGUCUGGAGAUACGAACCACAGCCACAUGUUCUCCUUGACACAAUCACCAAACCAUUCAACUCUCUAACCAAAAGAAAAAAAAAGAAAAAGAAACACUUUUUGUCUCUUCUCAGUCCCAUUUCAAUGGCGGACUACGAAGACGAAAUCGACCACCAUAACCAACCAUUCAUCCCAAAAGAAACAGCACUACAAGCCCUAAACUCCAUAAUCCAGCUUCACUUCGAGAAAACCCUCGAGAAGAAACGAGCCAUUGACCACCAGAAGAAGAAGCUCCACAAGCUCUUUCAGCUCUUCUUCAUCUUCCUCGCACUAGUCUUCUUCUCUCUCUCCCAACCCUCAGGUCGUCUCCGCUGCCGCCAUUGUUGGGCACCCAUCUGCCUCCUUUCCUUCUCUCACCUCUUCUUCUACGUCUCCGUCGCUCAAACCCUCCGUUGCAUCAACGGCUUCAAGUACCAGCGUCGCUGCCACAAGCUCACUCUCGGCCUCGCCACACAUAAGCUCCGGUUCAUCAAGUCAAGAAUCGCCGCCGGUGAUUUCCUCAGCGGCGGCGACGGUGACGAGGCCUCGGCUGCUGCUUGGGAUCUGGAAGUUCCUUAUCAAGAACCACCAGAUAGCUACUUUGGCAAGUUUAAGAGAAAUUGGGCUCUCUAUUUUGGUUUCUUGAUCCUUCUUUACACUUUCAUGAUCUCCUUCUCUGUUGUUAUCCUCUGUUUCUGAGAUCUCUAGAAUGGCAUUUUCGUAAAAUUCACAAAAAAAAACCCUGUGUCUCUCUUAUCAUCCAUUAGUCUUCACUUCAGCUUUAGAAGGAUCAUUAGAAGAUUGAAAUAGAAAUAAAAAGUUGAGAAUCUUUGAGAUUUGAUUCCAGGAGUUGCAAUGAUAUUGAAAUCGAAAGGGAUCACUACAAAGAUGGAAACUUUGUAAUUUGA